AUGAGCAACGAGGUUGUGGAAAUUGAAGGAAAUGGAAAAAAACCCACUCCACGUUUGAAUCAAAGAAUCCUCUCCACAUUGUCAAGAAGAUCGGUUGCUGCUCAUCCAUGGCAUGAUCUUGAGAUAGGACCCGAAGCACCACAAAUUGUGAAUUGUGUGAUUGAGAUUCCAAAAGGAAGUAAAGUCAAGUAUGAACUUGAUAAAAAGACAGGCAUGAUUAAGGUUGAUCGUGUGUUGUAUUCAUCUGUUGUUUAUCCUCAUAACUACGGAUUCAUUCCACGAACAUUGUGCGAGGAUAAUGAUCCAAUGGAUUGUUUGGUCCUCAUGCAGGAACCAGUAAUCCCAGGUUGUUUUCUUCGUGCAAGAACGAUUGGAUUGAUGCCCAUGAUCGAUCAGGGAGAAAAAGAUGAUAAGAUAAUCGCGGUUUGUGCUGAUGAUCCAGAAUAUCGUCAUUAUACUGACAUUAGUCAACUUGCUCCUCAUCGACUUGCUGAGAUUCGUCGCUUCUUUGAAGACUAUAAGAAGAAUGAGAAUAAAGAAGUUGCUGUUGAUGAUUUCUUGCCUUCAAAUGAGGCUCAUGAAGCAAUUCAAAACUCUAUGGAUCUUUAUGCUGAGUACAUCUGGGAAACCUUAAGGAGAUAA